CAAAGCACUCCCUCUACUGUUGCUCUCUCUCUCUCUCUCUUUCACUUCCUACCAGGUGGGCAGCUCACCUUCGCAGUCAUGUGACACCUGAGCGAGAAGCACCGGGGUAAAGGUGGACUCUCAUUUGACAGCCUCUCUCACAGCGUCGCGGCCAGAGGAAGUUCUACCUCCAGGAUUUUGGAUUUCUCAAACAGCCGACAUGUCAAUCAGCCGAAAAAACUGGUCGGCUCUGUCCAGCAAAGCACGCCAGUGGACGAUGGAGGACGAGGAGGAGGUGGAGAGGGAGCGGCGGAGAAGGGUGAAGAGCUCCACCAGCAACGCUGACCCUGAGGACGACCUGAGCCCCACACGUAGGGACUCUCCAGCCAGUGACGGCGCCUUUGACAUGGACUCAGGCGAGACGUCGCCACGCCACAGCAGUGUCGAUCCCACCCAAAGUUUGGAUUUCAUGGAGAUGCUGCGCGUGCGGGACGAGAAGAGGAGGCUGCGUCACGUGGAGACGCUGCGGCGCCAGAAGGAGGUGGUGGGGUCGGACGAGAGGCUGGGUCCGCUGGACAGCAACGGGCUUUCAGGCAAGGAGCCGGGCCCCCUGUCGCCUGGCCGACCUUCCAAAACGACCAUCACUAAUGGACAGCAUGACGAGUCGGAAGAGCGCCCUCCCACCCGCGCCUCCAAAACUGGACGCAAGUUUGUCAGCUCGGUCUCCAUCUCAGUGGACUCUAGUCGCUCACCUUCUGGCAGCUCGACACCCACAAGCCCCUUCUCACCAACUGCCAUCAGGUCACCAGGAGAACGCACCAGCCCACUUCCUGGCACCACGAAAAGCCCGGUCCAUAAUGGACACACAAGGCCAGAGGCCGUCUCCAGGGCCACCUUCUCCUUCUCUCCCACCUCCUCCUCCACCAACAACAAGCAAGAGCAGAGUGCUACACCUGGCUUGGCCAGACAGAGCUCCAGGACAGUCUCUUUCAGGAUGAUAAAGAAGAGAGAGGAAGAGUCUGCUCCACUGCGGAGAAGUGCCAGUGUGCGAAUGACGUCCAAGAAGUUUGAGCCCGACACGAACAAGGGUGAAGAGGAAGACAAACUCUCAUUGUUCCAGAGAAAUUCCAGGCAGAGAGUCUCCUCCCGGUCCAUUCAGGAGAAGAUGGAGCAGCUGGCCCAGGCUGCACAGAGAUCUGACACGGCACGGGCCACAGAAGGGACCCCCAGGCCUCUGUAUCUGGUGGAUGAGGUGUCGAAGAAGAGGGGCAUAUUUGAGAGGGAGCAGCAAGCGUCGAGCCCCACCAGCCAGGAAACAAGACCGGUCAAAAGUGGAGUGUCGGAUCGCAUCAACCGCUGGCUUCACAGGAGCAGUCAAUCUGGCACCACCCAGACUCCCUCGGACGUGAGACCCGUGGACAUCAGCAGCAAGAGGAGCGUGUUCGAGAAGUCAGCCAAGUGAAACAAUGACCGAGGGCAGGAUGCUAAACUCUGUGGAGCUCUUAUUUUGAAGGAAUGGAAAGAAACGGACGGAGAAGGAGAUGAACCAGCUGAUGCAUUCGCAUGUUUCACAAAAAUCACUGCCGAGUUUUGAUUGUCGAGUCGAGGGAUUGUUGUAAAUGUUGUGUAAAAAAAAUGAUGUUUUUAAUUGAGCACUUUUGCAAAGUGAUGACUGCCAAAUCCCCCUCUUUCCGAUGACAAAAGCCUGAUAUUUACGUCACGGUCCGCCUUUAUUUUGUCGGUACAUUUCCUGUUUUCUCCCCUCUAUAUCUGAUCGUUCUGUUUCCAGAUUCUCCCUCGGUUCUGUUGGCGUUUGACUCCCGGUUCUGCCUUGUGUUAUUUGGUGAAUGAAUA